AUGGCGGACGAGGCCAUUAGCUCGGCCGCGGCGUUGAUUGCAAUCAAUGAAGAUGAGAGACAACUCCAUCAUAAGGAGACAGAGGUGGAUGUUGUGGCACGGAAGAUCGAGAACCGUGUGAUGGAUCUGGUGGGCGGCCUGUCGUCAUGGUGGGGUGGCGUUCACAGCCAGACGCAAAGCGCGUUGGAGACAGCGAAGACGCAUGUGGAAGAGAAUGGUGGCAUUAUAAACACGGCCAAGGCCGGGCUGGAAGCGCUGGAUGCCCGUAUGCAAACGGAGAGUGAUCGUGCACGCCAAAUUUCGCGCUCGUCGACAGCGGCAGAGCAGCCUGACGCUCCAUUCGAGCUCGCCGGGCAUGAUAAUGAUGAUGAUGACGAAACCGUAUUUUCAUCUUCGUUGAAAUCUACGGCCAGCCAUAUGGACGUGAGAGAGCAAGGCGAGAAGGGCAGGCGCAGUAGCGAUGCGGCGUCGUCGUGGAGUGCCAUGUCGGCGAAUGCAUGGGAAUCCCUUAAGAAGCUGGCGUAUCAUCCACAGAUCGAGCAGCUUCAGACACAGAUUGCGACAUUGAAUGCGAAUGCGAUGGACCCACAUUCGUUCCAAACCUCUCUCAAAGAUGUGGAAGUCAUGACACGUCAAUAUAUGAAUACCAGCGGGGCUACGCUGCAUGGCCUAACAAAGGAAUUGCAGGCACGGUACAAUGCUUUAGUAGCAGGUGCGGCCGCGAAGGAAUCGGCCAGUGCCUCUAAGAAAGGCAAAGAGAAGGAAGCAGAGACAGAGGCGGACGAGGAGCCGCCGCAUGUGGUCGGUGGUGAUGACGACUUUGCAUGGGACGACGACGACGAAAUUGCCCUACCUACCCAUCCUACAUCCACAGCUAUGAAUCAUACAAUGAGCUCAUCGCUAUCCAAGCCAGCCAGCAACGACGAUGACAUCGAUUGGGAAUAA